AUGGCGACGGCACACCUGGGCCCUGCCUCCUCGCCGGCUGAGCCUCCGGAGCGGCAGGUGCGCCGGGAGCCCCGCAGUCCCAGUGCCGCAGGCAGGAGCGCCGAGGGGCGGCCCCACUGCGGGCCCGCGUCCCGCUUCGGCUUUCUGCACCCCCGGCCCGCGUCCUUUCUGGUCGGGUUCACUCAUCCCCGCUCUGGAACCCAAGCCAAGCCCGAACCUCCGGGCUCCCCGCAGGCUAAGACCGGACCCGACCAGAACCCGGACCGCUCCUCCGGCUGGGGCGCCCCGCCCGCUGCCAGCCGCCCCGCCGCCUGCAGGCGCGGAUCCCCGGCCCCACCCCUGCCUCCGCGCCCGCACCUGCCCGGCCGGCAUCGUCGGUCCCCCAGCUUCAGCGCGAGGUCGCAGCUCCCCCUCUGCCUCCACGACCUCCGAGCUCUCCAGUCGCCACUGCGAGUGGUGUUCAGUUCCAUAAACGAAGCCUCGCCGCCAGACCCCCUCUUCACACGGCUGUUCCUUCUGGAAGGAUCCCCUCUAAGGGCCUCCUGCUCGCCGGGUCCCCGGCGGCGGCAGCUCUGGGAAGGAGUCGCCUUGACAGCCUCCGCCACGCGGACGCGGGCUGCACAGACCCUCCUUCCCCUCGUCCAGCUCGUGCACCAGGACAGCGUCUUGCCUCAGGCCCAGCUGCAGACGUAUCCUCCCUCUCUUCGGGAUUCCUCUGGUUCUUGUGCUUGCCGCCUGGCUGCUACUGUCCAGCAGACGGCCACCACCAGGCACUGGGGUCAGGACCGGGCUGCGGCCCCGGGCGAGGUGGCCAUGGGGAGGCGGGCACUGCGGGGCGGGGAUGACAGACGCCAGGGGCCCUCCCUGAACAAAGACUGGGUGGGAGGUGGCCUGUGUCUCCGCACCCCGCCUCCCCCAGCGCCUGCGGAGCCGCGACGACGGCGACAGACGGGCCCUCUGCUGCCCCCCACUGCUGCCCAUCCCACCCGGAUGUCUGUGGGAAGAGCCCCCGGGGGUCCGCCGGCCCCGCCCCCACUGUGCUUUCCUAGCUCAGGAGAGCAGGAUGGAGGUGAGAAGCCCUUGCCCUCUGGGGGAUUCUUGUGCCCUUCAGGUGGGGCUGUCCUCAGGGAGCCGCCUGGGCUCGCUGACAUCCAUGACUACCAGCUCCAGGCACCUGCCCACUCCUCAGUCCCUGUUGGGAGCCCCCAGAAACAGCGGCACCCGUUGGAGGAACGGCUGGGGCAGCUGGAGGCUGAGGUGACCAAGCUCAGCGAGCAGAACAAGGACCUGCAGGCCAGGGUGAGGCGGCUGGAGACCUGUGAGUGCCGCCCCAUCUCUGCCCAGUGCUGGGGGCUGGGGCGCGCCUGGCCUGAGGGUGCUCGCUGGGAGCUGGACACCUGUACCACCUGCAUCUGCCAGAACGGGGAGGCGCGCUGUGGCCCUCAGCCCGACCUGCCCCACUGCCAGGGCUGCAGCCACAAUGGUCAGGUCUAUGGCGACGGGGAGACCUUCUCCCCAGACGCCUGCACCACCUGCCGCUGCCUGGAAGGGGGCAUCACCUGCAUGCAGAAGCCAUGCCCAGGAGCACCCUGCCCUGAGCCAGAAGCGUGCUGCCCGCACUGCGAUCCAGGUUGCCCUGAGGGCCACAGGUCAGGGGAAACAUGGCAUCCAGAGCCCUGUGUCAUCUGCACCUGCCAGGCAGGGACCGUGCGGUGCCAGGGGCCCUCAUGCUCCGAGCUCAACUGUCCAGAGAGCUACACCCCACCGGGGGAGUGCUGCCCCGUCUGCCGGCCAGGCUGUGAGCAUGAAGGGCGGCUUUAUGAAGAGGGGGCCGGCUUCCUGUCCAUCUCCAACCCUUGUCUCCAGUGUUCCUGCCUGAGGAGCCUGGUUCGCUGUGUGCCUGUGAAGUGCCCACCCAGUCCCUGCCCUGAGCCAGUUCUGAGGCCUGGGCACUGCUGUCCAGCCUGCCAAGCCUCAGGCUGCACAGAAGGUGGCAUUCACAGGGACCAUGGCCAAGAGUGGACCGCAGCCGGGGACCCUUGCCGGAUCUGCCAAUGCCUGGAGGGCCACAUCCAGUGCCGCCAGCGAGAGUGUGCCAGCCUCUGCCCAUACCCUGCCCGGCCCCUCCCAGGCACCUGCUGCCCGGUGUGCGAUGGCUGUUUCCUAAACGGGCGGGAGCACCGCAGCGGGGAGCCUGUGGGCUCCGGGGAUCCCUGCUCACGCUGCCGCUGUGCUAACGGGAGCGUCCAGUGUGAGCCUCUGCCCUGCCCACCUGUGCCCUGCAGACACCCAGGCAGGAUCUCUGGGCAGUGCUGCCCGGUGUGCGGUGGCUGCGAGUACCAGGGACACCAGUAUCAGAGCCAGGAGACCUUCAGCCUCCAGGAGAGCGGCCGCUGUGUCCGCUGCUCGUGCCAGGCUGGCGAGGUCUCCUGUGAGGAGCAGGAGUGCCCAGUUGCCCCCUGUGCCCCUUCCGGCUCUGGCCCGAGGCUCUGCCCAGCCUGUGUGCUGGAUGGAGAGGAGUUUGCUGAGGGGGUCCGGUGGCAGCCCGAUGGUCAGCCCUGUAUGGCCUGCUCCUGCCAAGAUGGGGUGCCCGUCUGUGGGCCUGUGCUCUGCUCCCCACCCCCCUGCCAGCACCCCAGCCAGCCACCCGGUGCCUGCUGCCCCAGCUGUGAGAGCUGCACCUACCAUGGCCGCGUGUACGCCAACGGGCAGAACUUCACGGACACGGACAGCCCUUGCCACACGUGCCACUGCGAGGACGGGACUGCGAGGUGUUCUGUGGUCGACUGCCCUCCCACCACCUGUGCCAGGCCCCAGAGUCCACCCGGCCAGUGCUGCCCCAGGUGUCCAGACUGCAUCCUGGAGAAGCAGGUGUUUAUGGAUGGCCAGCACUUCUCCCACCCUGGAGACCCUUGCCAAGAGUGCUACUGUCAGGAAGGCCACGCGCACUGCCAGCCUCGCGCCUGCCCCCGGGCUCCCUGCACCCACCCGCGGCCCGGGACCUGCUGCCACAGCGACUGCAGCGGCUGCGCCUUUGGCGGGAAAGAGUACUCCAACGGAGCGGACUUCCCCCAUCCCUCGGACCCCUGCCGCCUGUGUCGCUGUCUGGUGAAUGCGUCCUGGAGGAGGCCAGGGUUGGGGCGGGACUUGGGGAGGCCGGGAGAGGCCACUGGGUGGGGUGCGAGGGCGGCGAUCUCCGGCCUCGUCUCUCUAACCCGGCCUGGCCUCGUCCCUCUGCCCCUUCCACAGAGCGGCAACGUGCAGUGCCUGGCCCGCCGCUGCCCGCCUCCGCCCUGUCCCGAGCCGGUGCUGCCCCCCGGAGGCUGCUGCCCGCAGUGGCUGUGAAUACCUGGGUGAGUCCUACCUGAACCACCAGGACUUCCCGGAUCCCCAAGAACCCUGCAACAUAUGCACCUGCCUUGGAGGCUUCGUGACCUGCAGCCGCCGUCCCUGUGAGCCUCCAGGCUGCAGGCAUGCCCUCACUCCACCGGGGCACUGCUGCCCAGUCUGCCAGGGAUGUUUCUACCACGGGGUCAUUGCUGCCCCCGGAGAGACCCUUCCUGACCCACUUGACCCCACCUGCUCCCUCUGCACCUGCCAGGAAGGCUCCGUGCGCUGCCAGAGGAGACCGUGCCCCCCAGCUCCCUGCCCGCACCCCUCUCCGGGACCUUGCUUCUGUCCUGUUUGCCACACAGGAAGUGUGUCCCCCACAGGCUGCCUUUUUAGGGGCCAGGAGCACCAGGAUGGGCAGGAGUUUGAGGGGCCUGCAGGCAGCUGUGAGCAGUGUCGCUGUCAGGCUGGCCAGGUCAGCUGUGCACGGCGGCAGUGCCCACCCCUGCCGUGCCUGCUCCAGGUCACAGAGCCAGGGAGCUGCUGCCCUCGCUGCAGAGAUCUCAGACUUGAAGCUUGCCCCUGCCCUGGACUGCAGGCUGCCUGGCUCAUGGGGACGAGCACCCUGAAGGCAGUAGCUGGGUGCUCCCUGACAGCCCUUGCUCCUCCUGCGUGUGUCACGAGGGCGUCGUCACCUGUGCCCACAUCCAGUGUGUCAGCUCCUGUGCCCAGCCUCACCAGGGGCCCAGUGACUGCUGCCCUCGAUGCUCCGGCUGUGAGCACGAGGGCCGGAAGUAUGAGGCCGGUGAAAGCUUCCAGCCCGGGGCAGACCCCUGUGAAGUAUGCGUCUGCGAGCCGCAGCCUGAGGGGCCUCCCAGCCUUCGCUGUCAUCGGCAGCAGUGUCCCAGCUUGGUGGGCUGCCCACCCAGCCAACUCCUGCCCCCUGGGCCCCAACACUGCUGCCCCACCUGUGCCGGUGAGUCCCGGGGAUCGGGAGGCACUGAGCAACUGCACAGAGGGCCUCCUGGGGUCUGAGCUGGCCCCGCUAGACCCCUGCUACACUUGCCAUUGCCAGGACCUGACGUGGCUCUGCAUUCACCGGGCCUGUCCUGAGCUCAGCUGUCCCCCUUUGGAGCGCCACACACCACCUGGGAGCUGUUGCCCUGUGUGCCAGGGUUUCACCCUUGGAGAAACACAGGAGCCAUUUGUUGUGGAAGAGAGGAGACCUACGAGGCAGAGGGAGGGAGAAUGUGUGGUGGAGGCUGGGGGCCGGAGAGUGGCAGACGGAGAGAGCUGGCGGGACCCCAGCAAUGCCUGCAUUGCCUGCACCUGCCGGCGGGGCCAUGUGGAGUGUCACCUGGAGCAGUGCCGGCCCCUCUCCUGCCCCCAUGGCUGGGUCAAGGUGUCCAAGGACGGGAGCUGCUGUGAGACAUGCCAGGCCUCCACUCUGUCCUGCGAGCACCAGGGCCGUCAGGUGGCCUCCGGGGAGCGCUGGGGCGUAGAUGCCUGCACCAACUGCUCCUGCGUGGCCGGCACCGUGCACUGCCACAGCCAGCGCUGCCCGCCACUGUCGUGCAGCCUGAACGAGGCCCCUGCCCUGAGUCCUGGCAGCUGCUGCCCCCGCUGCCUGCCCUGGCCCGCUUCCUGCAUGGCCUUCGGAGACCCGCAUUACCGCACCUUCGACGGCCGCCUGCUGCACUUCCAGGGUAGCUGCAGCUACGUGCUGGUCAAGGACUGCCAUGGUGGGGACUUCAGUGUGCACGUCACCAAUGAUGGCCGGGGCCGGAGCGGCGUGGCUUGGACCCAGGAGGUGGCAGUGCUGUUGGGCGCUGUGGCGGUACAGCUGCUGCAGGGCGGAACUGUCAUGGUGGACGGGCGCCCAGUGGCCUUGCCCUUCCUGCAGGAGCCACUGCUAUAUGUGGAGCUGCGGGGACGAACUGUGAUCUUGCAUACCUGGCCUGGGCUUCAGGUGCUGUGGGACGGGCGGUCCCAGGUGGAGGUGAGGGUACCUGGCUCCUACCGGGGCCGCACCUGUGGGCUCUGCGGGAACUUCAAUGGCUUUGCCCAGGAUGAUCUGCAGGGUCCUGACGGGCUGCUUCUGCCCACAGAAGCUGCAUUUGGGAAUAGCUGGCAGGCUCUGGUGGCAGAGGCAGAGGAGGAAGCGGACCUCUGCCUUGACUCCUUCCCCAUGGCGCAAGCAGCCACUCCUGGGGGCCCAGGGCUCCCUUGUAGCCCCGAGCAGGCCUUGGCCCUGUACCAGCUCCUCUUCCGGCGCCCUGCAGACCUGGGCCAGCUGCGGGCUGCACUGCGGCAGGUACAAGAGGGCCAGGACUGCCCCCUAGGGCUGGCACUGCCCACUGUGCUGCUGGAGAUGGAGCGGAGCCAGCGGGCCAAGGAACAGCUCCUCUGGGACCUGGAGCUGCUGACUGGGGCAGGCCUGGGCCUCUUCUGGCCCCCCUGGACCUGUUUCUGGCGUCAGAGGCACCAGGUCCAGCACGCAUGGAGCCCAUGCAGUCCGCCCCUUGGUAGGACGGGUGGGGACUCUGAGCAGGAGGGUUCCAGGCUGUGCCCUUCACCCCCGGCUGAGGACGCCCGAAGCCAGAACCAUCAACUCACAGAAGGGGGGCAGGCACCAGGCCCAUCAUCUGCAUCGUAUCUGGGAGAAGCCAGGAAUGACACAGACCCAAGGCAGAAAGGCUCUGGCACACCUGAAAAGGCCACAGCUGGUUGCUUACAGGAGAUGAGUCCUACCACCAGCAGGUGCUCUGAAGAGCCAGGAAAUUCAGUGUUCAAGGACUUGGCCCAGAGGGAAGAGGCAAGCCAAGCAGAGUCUACUGUCCAACGACCCUGCUCAGCCACACCCAGCAGCCCACAGGGAAGAAAGCUCAGUCAGGAAGCCGCAGUGCCCUCUGGCCUAGCUUCCCAGGGCCUGCUAGCACCCCAAGAUGCAACCAAGGGUCUGGGCCUGGACGGAGAGCGAUCAGAACCUCAAAAACUGCGGCUGCUGGACCCUCCUCAGAGUCUGAGAGAGGCGGUCCCUGGGGGUCAGAGCGGGGAGGCGUCCCACAGGCAGAAGAGAGAAGUCCCUCCGAGUCAGGGAGAAAAGCCACCUCGGAGCCAGAGAGGGGAAGACCUCCGCGGUCAGAGAGAAGAGGCACCCCAGGGAGAGAACACGAAGUGCCGGCCAGAGGAGGCUCCGCAGGCUCCGGAAAUGAAAACUCGGCAGGCGUGGGAAGGCCACAUCUCAGCAGCCUGGGAGGCGGCUCGGGGAGAAGCAACUGCCCAUCCCCGGGAGGAGGGCGAUCCCCUGGGCCAGCGGAGGGACUUCCCUAGGUCCGCGGGAGAACAGCGCCCCCCGGGUUUAGCAAGGGGGAACUCAGGCCCUCGGGGAAGGACCACCCAGCGGACGCGGGGCAAGACCAACAGCCAGAGUCAGGAGUCGGCUGGGCCAACGCUGGGGGCCCCCCAGGAGGCUUGGGCUCCUCUCCCGGGCCCAGGAGCGGGGAUGCUGGCGACACGGAGCACCGGGGGCGCUGGGCGGCCCGAGCUCCCUUCGGCAGUGCCGGAAGGGGGCCGCGGCCGGGCGCACCAGGCAGUGGGCGCAGCGAGUUUGCCGGGUGCGCUCGGGGAGCGGAGGGGCGAAGCUGGGGGCGCCCCCGCCCCCAAGGCCCCGUGGCCGGCGCCCGCAGGCGUGAGCGCGGCGCAGCAGGAUUCAGCUCUGCGGCGGCUGCUGGAGCUGCACGGCGCGGCCCGGAGACGGCGGCGGCGGGACCGCGAGCAGCAGCGGCUCCGGGUGCUGGAGCGGCUCCGCAUUGCCGGGAACCGCCAGUGCCGGGUCCACCCGCUGGGGCUCCCUCCCAGGCCCGCAGAGCUCCAGACUCAGGAGGACGCGGCCGGAUGGCAGCGUGCAUUGCGGGAACAGCUGGACCAAGUGCACCGGGAGAGGACCGGGCGGCUGAGGGCCCUUGGGGCCAGGAACACCCAUAACUUCCUGGAGCUGCUGUGGCCCCCAGGCACUAAGGACCCUGCGCCUGGAGAAUAGCCCCACCCUGCCCCGCCCCCUCUCGU